AGAAAUACUCGCAGCAUUGUCAGCGCAGCACCAUCUUCUUCAAAUUACACUUAUUUAGUUUCCCUCUUCUUCUUCUUCCCCAUUUUCAAUCUGUGAAAACCCAAUCUGCUUACAGGAUUAAAUCCAACAAAAAUGAGGGGAGCAGUGUAUGUAGCGAUUGCAGCAGCCAUUGGCAAUAUGUUGCAAGGAUGGGAUAACGCCACAAUUGCAGGAUCUCUGUUAUACAUAAAGAAGGAAUUUCAUUUGCAAAGUGACCCAACAAUUGAAGGUCUUAUAGUGGCAAUGUCUCUAAUUGGAGCAACAAUCGUGACAACGUUUUCUGGUCCUGUAUCAGAUUCAGUUGGGCGUCGACCCAUGUUGAUUAUAUCGUCGCUUCUUUACUUUGUCAGCGGUCUUGUAAUGUUAUGGUCACCAAAUGUUUACAUCUUGCUAUUGGCAAGGCUGCUAGAUGGAUUUGGAAUUGGGUUAGCUGUUACCCUUGUUCCUGUUUAUAUAUCAGAAACUGCCCCACCUGAAAUAAGGGGAUUAUUGAAUACACUUCCUCAAUUUACUGGAAGUUCUGGAAUGUUCUUAUCUUACUGUAUGGUAUUUUGGAUGUCUCUUGGUGAAUCUCCUAGUUGGAGAUUGAUGCUUGGUGUCCUUUCUGUGCCUUCUCUUGUGUAUUUUGUUUUGACAAUAUUGUUCUUGCCUGAAUCCCCUCGUUGGUUAGUUAGUAAAGGAAAGAUGAUUGAAGCUAAACAUGUCUUACAGAGAUUACGCGGUGUUGAAGAUGUAUCGGGGGAAAUGGCAUUGUUGGUGGAGGGACUUGGAAGUGGAGGUGAAGAGGCGUCUAUAGAGGAUUAUAUAAUUGCUCCUGCCUCUGAACUUGAGGAUGGGGAAGGCGAUUUCAGUGAACAAUCUCGUCAAGUUAAGCUUCAUGGAGGGGAUGAAGAUGGGCGUUUGUUUGUGGCUAAACCGGCUAGUGGUCAGAGUACUCUUGCUCUUGCGGCUCGUCAAGGAAGCAUGGUGGAUCCUGUUGUGAAUCUAUUUGGAAGUGUUCAUGAGAAACUCCCUGGACUUGGAAGUAGUAUGAGAAGCAUGAUUUUCCCUACUUCAGGUAGCAUGUUUAACAUCGGUGAACAAGAGAGAAACGAUCAAUCUGAAGAGGAUCAUAACAACAACAACAACAACAACAAUGGAGAAUCCUACACUUCAGACGCGGACUCAGAGGAUAAUCUUAACAGCCCGUUGCUCGCGAGAAACGAUACGGAUGCAGAUAAAGAUGGUUUAGUCGUCCCCAUCUCAAAUCAACCGGGAGAAGCGGGUAGCAGCGUGGAUAUUGGUGGAGGAUGGCAGCUAGCUUAUAUCAGGCCUGACGGGAAAGAUCAAGAACUCAAGAGAAUAUAUUUGCAUCAAGAGAAUGCUGCUGCAACCGUUUCCAGGCGCGGUUCUAUUCUCUCUGUCGCUGGAGCCAUUGACGAAGAAGGUCCUGCUCUGGGUCAUGCUGCUGCUUUGAUUAGCCGCUCUGUUCUUCAUAUUCAGCCUAAAAGGUCGAAGCUGUCUGAGCUCCUCCAACCCGGGGUGAAACACGCGUUGAUUGUGGGAGUUGGAAUUCAGAUACUUCAGCAGUUUUCAGGGAUAAACGGAGUUCUUUACUACACACCUCAGAUUCUUGAACAAGCUGGGGUGGGAGUUCUUCUAUCGAACUUGGGGAUCAGCUCGGACUCAUCCUCGCUACUCAUAAGCGGUUUGACUACUCUGUUAAUGCUUCCAACCAUCGCCAUUGCGAUGAGACUAAUGGAUGUAGCAGGAAGGAGGUGGUUGUUGCUGUCUACUUUACCGGUAUUGCUACUAUCGCUAUUGGUGUUGGUUUUCAGUGGGAUAGUGGACAUGGGAUCGGUCGCAAACGCGGCGAUUUCAACCGUUAGUGUGGUGGUAUACUUUUGUACGUUUGUGAUGGGUUUUGGUCCGAUACCAAACAUAUUAUGUGCUGAAAUAUUCCCGACACGAGUAAGGGGGAUCUGCAUAGCGAUUUGCGCGAUGACGUUUUGGAUUUGCGAUAUAAUUGUGACGUAUUCGUUGCCGGUGAUGCUGAGUUCGAUUGGGUUACAAGGUGUUUUUGGGAUAUACGCGGUGGUGUGUGCGGUUGCAUGGGUUUUUGUUUAUUUGAAAGUUCCUGAAACGAAGGGAAUGCCGCUUGAAGUUAUCACUGAGUUCUUUGCAUUGGGUGCAAAACAGGCUGCCAAGAAGAACUGAUCGAUCAUUCGUCUUUUUUUAAUUGGAACUUUGGAUGGAUUGAUGGAUGUUUCAUUCUUUUUCUUUUCAAAUUUUAGAUAGAAAUCCGGUUUUUAUA